AUGAGUGCUUUGGAUGCAUCCUGGCUUUUUGCCCUGACGAAGACCGAGGUUCCAGAAGCGCCGAUCUCUUCAGCUUCAACUUCACCUUCUCCAACCGAGAGUUCGGGACCUUCGGUCGAGGAUUUGGGGCCAAAACCAGCUAAAAGAAGGCGGAAACCUGAUCGUAAGUUGUUUUAAAGGUGUUGUAGUAUUUGAAUUUUAAUUGUUUCCUACAUUUUUAUUUGUUUGUUACCUAAAAAGUUGAGAUUUGCUAAAAUUUUUGAUAAAACUAUAUUAAUUUAAGUUUUGUUUUAAUUUUAUUACAUCUAAAGUUAAUAUAGUAGUCUAUCUUAUUGUAAAAUACGGUUCUACAGACAUAGCAUAACUUUAAAUUUCAGCCAAAGACGUGAUCCGCCUAAUAGCCGAGCCCCAAUUGACAGUUGAAGUGAACGAACCUCCCAGAUUGGACCCGAUAACAGAAGAAAAGCCUCAGUUCAGUCCUCAGAACGAUCAGAAUCAAGUUCAUGCCUUCCUGAAUGAAUCACAGCCAGAAUCCUCGGUUUCGCCCUCCAAUUUGUCGUUUAAUUUGCCCAGUGGAAUUCCUUAUGGCACGGCUAUCAGGGCUAUUGGUAAGGAGUUUAUGUUGUUUUAGGGGAUUUUUGAAGAUUUUUGAGGGAUUUUUAUGGUUUAGGGGGUGUUUUGGAUGUGGUAAUGAGUGUGCUGGAUAAUUUAAUUUUUUUAGAUUUUCGGGGGUGUUUUUUGAAUUUUCAAGUGGUUUUUAAAGUUUUUAGGCUAUUUUUGUUCGUUUAGGCUUGUUUUUGAUAAUAAAAUUUUUUUUUUAAAUAUUAGUCUUUAAGGGGUGUUCUUCAAUAUUUUAAACUCCUUUUCAAAUCACUCACGUCUGUAAAUUUGCAGAGAACGGCAAACUGACGUGUCCCACGCCCGGCUGCGACGGAUCCGGCCAUCAAACCGGACUUUACACCCACCACCGCAGCUUGAGCGGCUGUCCCCGGAGGCCGAAUAAGAACACAAUCCAAAGUAAGUUUACUUUUGUUUAUUGGGCAUGGGCACUUCGCUAGAUUGAAAACUUGGAAAGUGGGAUAAGAUUGCACGCCAUUUAACGGGCCCGAAAAAGUUAAGUCAAUUUGGGAGGGGAGAAGUUGCACUUUCAGGUUACAGUAGGAAAAGAUGGAGUUGGGGAGGGAAGGGGGGAGUAUGGGUGAAGAAAGGUGGAGUUUUGGGGGUGGAUAAGAUGGGAAAAAGAAUUUCGGGCAUGGAUAAGAUGGGAAAAGAAUUUUGGGCAUGGAUAAGAAGGGAAAAGAAUUUUGGGCAUGGGUAAUAAAAGAAAAAAAUUUUUUUUAAAAUUUUUUAAUCAAAAAACAAAUUCAAUUCCAACUCAAACUUUCAAUUUCAUGCCAUUUUUUACCUUUCCCCUCCCCCAAUUAUUUUGACCGGUCAAUAAGGUUCGCGCACAAAAAAGUUAAUUUGGCGCCCGUUAAAACAGUGACUUUCUUUCUCUUCACCUGGUGGUCUUGAUUACAAGCAGAUGGCCGUUAAUCCACCACCGGAAACACAUUAGAGAGUUCGUUUUUUUGAAAGGGAUCGCAUGCACCUGCCCCCAAAGUUUUAAGACAAUGAAGUGAGAUUGAAGAGGGGGGAUUAACGUGUUCUGCGGGGGGAUGAGUAGGAUCAAAGUGGCUGGGGUGGAUCAGCGUGGAGUGUGGAUGGGUGGAUGAUGAAAAGUGGCAGGGGUGGAUUGGGAUGAAAGGUGGGCACGGGUGGAUAAUGACAAGUAGCUGGGGAGAAAAGUGGAAGGGGUGGGUGGUGAAAAGAGGUUGUGGUGGAUAAAGAUGGAGAGCGGGUAGGGGUGGAUAAUUAAAAGUGGCAGGGGUGUAUUAGAAUGAAAGAAAAUUCAAAAAAAAAAUUAUAUUUUUACCACCGAGAAUAAGUGCCAUAUUAAUGUACAGUAGUGUUUGACCAAGCCCACAUUUAUCGUUUCUGGGAAGUCAUUACCACCUUAAUGUCAUUCUAUCUUAUACCUUUACAAACACUUUGGACUUUACUCAUAAUUUGUCUAUUUGAUCUUGCUCUGCAUCUUUUAUAUUUUAAUUUGAGCUUUCAAACACUUUCUAUGAAUCUGAUACUCUUAUCGCUUGUAAAAUGGCAUCUUCUGCAAACAGUUUAGUCGUCUUGGUUGGACUAGUCAAACUUCCGGUCUAGAAAGCUUUCAACAAGUAAAAUGACUUUUUGAAAUUUUUAUUAUGUUUAUUAGGUUGUUCAAAUAAUUAUGUGCUCCUCACAAAACAAAUUUUUGGGUUCAGGGGGCUCAGAAUUAUUUGAACAACGCGAUAAAGUUGAAUAUGACACUUCUAACACAUUGUGACAAAAAUAUGUUGUUAGAUGUCAAAAGCCUUUAGUACAUGACACAAGCUUGAAUCUGCCUCUAAUAUUACACACAACUUCCUGCCCGCUUCUUUACACCCCUUUCAAGAUACCACAAUGUUUCCUAUGACUUCCUGUAGGUCUUCCAUUCUCCAAAACCUUCUCCAAACCUAAAAAGGUUUAAAACACCGCCUCCGGUAAUCGGAUCCAAAAGGCGACUUCUAAAGUUACCGCUGUUUCACACAACUUGGCCACAUAAAGACGCGCCUUGGCCACAUAAAGGCGGGUGAAUCAGCCCAACGAGGGGGGUCCGUGUCCCAUGCCCUCACAAUUGACAAAGCCUCCCGAUAAUUUAUGCACAAAACUUGACUAUCACACGCAUUCGAAACUACCUUUUGACACUGUAAUUGUAUUCGUCAUCCAAAGUUUUAUGGGACUGUAUAAAGUAGUGGUUAAUUGACUUUCGAAAGAUACGAAAUGAUGACUAAAGGGGGUUUUACAGAGAAAUGAUUAAUGUUGUUAAAGUAAGACGAAGAAAGGGUUUUUGUUACAGUAAGAACAGAUAAGACAAAAAAAAAGAAAUUUAUUUACAGUAAUAAGACAUAAGGCUUUAUUUAAGUUGUUAUCUAAACAAAACUUGAGUAUUAGGCUAGUGAUGACUAUAACGUUUUGACUACUAAUGUAGUGAUGACUAUAACCAAACUUUUCCUUUUACAAAGCUAUGAUACAGCUUAUAAUCUACCACAAUAUCCAGAAGACUCAAACUUUAUUUUGCUCGCGAUGUCAUCCAUUUUAAAUUCUUUUGACAGUUUUAAUUAAAACUUUGAUAAGUUUGGCCGAGUUAAUUUGCAUAUUAUUAGUAUUCCCUCGCGUGUUUAACUUUAACCGCCCUUCGAAUUGGAGUUACAUCUCGGUAACUUCAAUUCGAAGCCCUGAGGGCAAGUUAAUUAGGCUUAUCAAAAGUGACAAAAAAGGGUUGAAACAUGAAAAUUUAGAUUAGAAAAGCAGUUUUAAUGGAUCAAAAUUGAGAUUCAGAAAAAUAUGUUAUUUUUUGCAUUAUGGCGACAUUUUUUUUAAGCUCUGAAGGAUUACUGUAACUUUUUUAAUUUAAGGGUUACCGUAGCAGUUUUUGAAAUUUCAUGUUUUCAGUGGCAUUUUAAAGCUUUUAGUCAAAAUUUAUUUAAAUUUUUGAUUCUAGGGCAAUCACUUUCUUCACAAAUCGAAAAAUGCCAAGAACUUUCUUUACAAUACGAAAAAUUGCAUUUUUAGCCCUAAUCGACUUUCAAUACAAGUUUUCAUUGUCAACUUAACCCUAAUUAAAUUUUUAAAAUUAAAAAAUUCCCAAAAUUUUUCUUUGAACCGCUUUCUCAUAAUCUGCGACAAUAUCCGGGGCCCAAUAACAACCUUGUUGUUACGACAAUAUAAUUAUAAUUUCGUGGCCAUAAAAGUCUCGCCACCCCAAUAUUAUUCGAUUUUCGGGGCCACAGAUGUGCCCAAAUUCUACAUAAUAAGUUCCGUUAUUCGAUAAGUUUUUCGUACUUUCGCCUUUUGUUUGGAAAUCGAAUUCUCAUUAAAAUUUUUAUGAAAAAUUUUGUUGGAAUUCCGCUUUUGUUGGGGCCAAAAACGAGGGUUAUGCCUUUUUCGGAGCGAAACAAAACUUAAUGGACGGAACGCUGAACAUACUGUAACUUGGGGAAGUUAAACUUCGGUUGAAAUUUGAAAUGGACAAGUAUUUAAAUACCAAAGCAAUGGUUAUACUUACUAAAUGUUAGUUUACAUGACCAAAAUAUUACUUCCUAGCAGCAAGUUUUGUUAAUUUUUUUCGAAACAUAGGGUAAGAUUAAUCUAAUGUAUAUCAAUAGUAAAAGCAAGCUGUUCGAAGUUAAAACAAGAUUCUGUUAUGCCAAAGAUCAGUUCAUACUUACACCAAGUAACAAAAUUAUACCUAAUAGUACAAUCCUAUCUAUAUCAAAAAGUUAUGGCACAAAAAGUAAAUUGUUUACAUUUUUCCCUUCACCAACAUUGGUACGGUAAAAGUACUGUAACUUGUUAGGACGUUAAAAUUUUUAAUAUCUUUAGAUUUACUGACAUUUAGAACAUCAAUCUAUGUUUAGACAAAAUUCCAUGUCUUUAACUACGUAUAUCAAUAAGUCAUGGCAAAAAAACCAUGUUAUCCUCAACUUUUUCUUGUUACCAUAAUGCACUUUUUAUCAUUUUUGACCUUUAUAUAUGAUUUUCAUGCUCUAACAUCAACUCUUCAUUCUCUUCAGAUCAUUUUAAAACUAUUUUUUCAAAUCCCAAUCUUUGGCCUUAUUCAAAAUUUUCGAAAAAAAACUGAAGGUUCUACCUUUUUUGGACCGUUUUUUAUAAAUGAGCCCGGUUUUUUGUUUGAGUUGGGCGCAAAAAAAGCGAAUAAAUAUGGGAUGCAAAAGUGGGGAAAAUUGAAAGGUUGGGGAGGGAUAUCCGUCAAGUUUUGGCAGACAGCUUCUGAUGGCUUUCUUUGUCCUGUCAUUGGUGUUACGGAGGUAAUCAACUUGCGUAACGGUUACCGUAGUUCAAACUUUUUAUGGUGACGAAAAAGUUCGCAUUACGGUGUGAGGAGGGGGAAAUGUGUUUUGGCGGCCAAUAAAUGUACUUUGACUGAUAUAUAUAGAUAACAUUGGAUGUUUAUUUCUGUUUUCUUAACAUUCUUGAUUAAAAAUUGGCAAAAUUUUUAUUGGUCCAAGUACGUAGAAUAGCCUUUUUUGAGCUUAAUUGCUACUUUUAGAAAAUUUUUUCUUUGCCAGGCUAUAUACUUUUUGACCAUAGUAAAACAAAUUAAAUUGUAGCCACUUUGACAGUAAAAUCCAUCAUCUUCCCAAUUUUCAAAACUACUCCCUACCAAAACCCAUUUUUUCAAAAAUUUAAUUUCCAAAACCCCCAUCCUUACCGUAUCAUGUUCAUUAACUUUCCUAGGCCACAAAAUUAUCAGAUUUACUUGUGGGAACGCUAAAGUGGUUUUGUUUUAAAUGAAGGGUCUAAGUAAAGUCGGGACUAAGCCAUUUGGUUUUUUGUGAUUCCAUUUGGCAUGGAAAUGGGAUAAUUUAUCUGCCCGAAAAUGUUGAAAUGAAACCUUUCGAAUCCAAUUUUUGACACUUUGGAGGAAACAUGUUUUUGGAAGAAACAUGGUUUCUGGGAUGGUAGUUGGCUUUGAAAUGUUGAGUUAGGGAAUGGCAGGAACAUAUUUUUAAAAAUAAAAUUUUUACAAGUUUUUUUCGGAAAAUCGAAUUUUUUCAAAAAAAUCGACAGUGGGGACCAAGUUCAGGUUUUUGGAAAAAAAGUUUUUUGAGCCCCCCCCCCUCUAAAAAAAUCAAAAAUAGCCUACAAUAACAUCCAGAAAGCUUAAAAAUUCACACAAAAAAAUUCAAGGAAAACUUUAAAAACGUAAAAAAACGUAUCCUCAAAAAGCCGGCUGUCAAAGUUGGCUCUACCGUAAUCCGAAGAGGGUGUGGGAAAGUUGGAACGAAUAAAGUUCGGGGGACAAAGCGAAGACAAACAAAACUGAAUGGGCGAAUAAAGACGGCUAAAGUUUGUCAGCACACAUCAUAAGAUAAGACGGGCCUUUCGUUUGAAUUCGAAAUGGGACAACAGUACUGUUUUUAACUUUAAAAAAUGCAGUAGAAAUGAUAAGAAAGUACAAGUUAUUAAAGGAUAUGUAUAACACGUUAAUCUGGCCACAUUAUAAGUAAAAUACUCUCCUUAUAGUCAACAAAAAAACUUUAAAAAAAGAACCAAUAAUCAUAUUUAUUGUUAUUCCUUUUCAGUGCUAUCCCUCCAACAAGACACCAUUCUCCACUGUCAGACUCCAGGAUGCACAGGCAAAGGUCAUGUGAAUGCCUCGCGAUCUUCUCAUCGAUCUCUCAGUGGCUGUCCCAUCGCUCAUCAACAGAAGCUGGCUCGUCGCAGCGUCAAACUUCCAAACUCUCACACUCCAAACUCAUCAACUCACUCUCGAGGUGCCACUCCCAACUCAAUUGAUCCAGCUAGUCCUAGUCCCAGCGAUGCUGCCAGUCUAGCCAGACUACUUGGCAAUUUCGACGAGAAUCCAUUGGAUCUGAGCUUGAAGAGCAAAGAAGACUGUAGAUCGGUGGGAUCUGAUAGUGAAAACAAAGCCAUUUCGAUCCUGGAUCUGCUACAGUCUACCAAACAUAAUGUAGAACCUGAGAAACCUAAAAUAACAUGGCCAACGGCUACUGUAUCUCCGAUUCAGAAGCUUCUGGAACAAAGUUUGACUAGAAACCCAGCAGGUAAAAUACGUUAUUCUUAAUUUUUAUUUUUUAUUAUCUAUUAGGUAGUUCAAAUAAACAUAUGUUCUCAAAGCAAAUUUUCGAAGUUAGGGGGCACAUAAUUAUUUGAAAAACAAAGAAAACUAAUUUUCAAAUUUGUUAUCUAAAAGCUAAACUUAUGCCCUUCUUAAAUAAACCUGAACAUUUCAGAAGCCUAUAUGGCUCUUCUGUCGAACUUCAGCGUGCUCAACAACUUCAACAUGGCCGCUACGACUCAGGCCAACAACUUUGUGUUCCAGAACCCAUUCAUGGCGUUCAAUGGUACCGUGGGGAUGAAUGAGGACAAAAAGUCGCAGUUGUUCCAAUUUCAGUCCAAUCCAGCCAACCAGUCUACAUGA